GUGUCCGGGACGGGACGGGCGUCGACCCGCUCCGCUCCACGCGGGGCCGCCGAGUCACCGGCGGUGCGGUGCCGGUCCAGGUGCGGGCCUGAGUCUGCGCCGUCUCUCCCGGUCGCGCCGCCCCGCCGGUCCCGGUCCGCGCCGUGCUGCUACACCGGGACGCAGGCUCCCCUCUCCUCUUCGGCACAAUGGCCUGCCAAGAGAGUGAGUACCUGGAUGACCAGAAGAAAUGUGUCCCCUGCAGAAAGUGCAUGCCCGGGCAGGAGCUUUCCAAGGACUGCGGCGACGGCAGCGGAGGGGACGCGCAGUGUGUGGCCUGCCCCCCCAGGAAGUUCAAGGACCGCUGGGGACAUCACGGCUGCAAGCCCUGCCUGUCCUGUGCCCUCAUCAACCGCCUCCAGAAGUCCAACUGCACGGCGACGGCCGAUGCGGUCUGCGGGGAGUGCCUGCCGGGGUUUUACCGGAAGGCACGGAUCAGCGGGCAGCUGGAGUGGGAGUGCAUUCCCUGCACCAAGCAGACUCCAUCCUCCGAGCCGCAGUGUCGGUCCAGAACAAACCUGGUGAAGGUUGCUGUCCCUACUGUGCCACCACAGGACACAGCCCUUCUUGCACUGACCAGCAGCGCCCUGGUCAUCAUCAUCCUGGUGCUUCUGGCACUUUCCAUCAUCUACUGCAAGCGAUUCUGGAAAAGCCAGUGCCAGAGAGUUUUCCUGAGGACUCAGAACUUCUCAGGCCAGCGAGCAACAUUCCCGACUGCAGCAGCACCCGGCAGGUUCCUGUGUGAGGAGCAGAUGUCUGGACCCUGCUGCCUGGGUGUGAAGAAUUUGAGCCCUUGCUACAGGCAGACAGAAGGCCCUGUGGAAGCGGUGCAGUUCAUUUCGGAUGGGGAAGCCGUGGGUCUCCAGCUCCCCUCUCUCCAGCCAGAGGUGGACUUGCCACCAGCCAUUGCAGUCAGCACUGCCUCCAAGGCCCAGCUGGGCAGGAGCCUCCUGGAAAGCCAGCCCCUCAUCCGAGCCUCAGGCCACGGUGACUGCCUGGACGGGGUCUUGCCACCCCCCACCCCCAGGCAGGGCCGGCCGGGCACGGUGGAGGCCCUGGCCCCCCUCUCCUCCUGCGCCUCCGAGAUGCAGCACAAGUGGCCGCAUGCACCUGUGGAGUGCACUGAGCUGGACCUCCAAAAGUUCUCCACGCAGGCGGAGUUUGUGGGUGGUGAGCGGCUGGAGGAGGCAGCAAGCCGGGCCAUGAAGAGGAUUCCAGCAGGGAGCGGUGGUGUGGUGCAGGAGGGGGCUCAUCACUUGCCCACGGCCGAAAUCCCACCUGGGGAGCAGCCAGUGGAUGAUGCCCAGAGCCUGGUGACUCAGAUCAGUAGCACAGCCAAAGGUCUCCCAAUAGCAGAGCUGCCCCAUUCCUUGGUGCAGUCGCUUGCCUUCUUGCUGGACCCUUCCCUGAACGGUGUGAAGAACUUCAGCCACGUGGCGCUGGAGCUGGGGCUGGUGCCACAGCUGCUGGGACGGAUUUCGGGGUUCGAGCAGCUGGUCGCACACUUCACCUACGUGGGUGCCGCCGUCACCGUCCCGCUGCUGGCGCAGGCGCUGCAGCGGCUGCAGCGGUUCGACGCCUUGCUCCUGCUCUGCGACCACUUCACGCUCAGCCCCGCGCUGGACCGCCAGCGCUAGAGGACAGGGAGGGUUGGAGAAAGCUCUGUGCACUGUUACUCGUGUGAGAGAGGAUCCAGCAGCCUGCAGUCACAUAACCGCCCUGUGUUCAUGGCAGGAGAACAUGGAGAUGGUAUUUGCAUCAUGGAGUGGAAGGGCACAACAGGGGCGUCUCUGCACAGGGGUUCCAGGAAGCACUGCUGUGCCUUUUCCCUGCUUCCUAGGGGAGGGCUUGCUCAGGCCGCUCCAGAGGCUGUUUUUCUCUGGCUGUGACACCCUUGCCUGUCAAUCGCUGUGCUGUGGUGCUCUGGCUCUGCAGUGAGCCCUGUCCUGCCCCACCAUUGCCAUGGUCCCUCCCUCCCAAGCCAUCGGCCUUGUUCUCUGUGGGCGGUGUCCUCCCAUGAGCCCAGCCAUCUCCUCCCUUCCAGCUUUCCCAUCCUUCUUCUGACCCAUGCUCUGCUUUCCCAGGUGCCAGUUGCCACUUUCUCAAUUGACUUUUCGGUUGCUUCUCUCUCUCUGUGCUGCGAUUUCCUUGGCACAGGACCUGACCAUGGCCGAUGUGCCAGGCUCCAGCCUUUGUCCCUCUGUGCCACCCUGGCACCUUCCUCUCGUGUCCAUUUGUGGUACAGUGUACCAUCCUGGCACGAGUUUCGGACUGAUUCCCAGGAGGAGCUGAUGUAGGUCCUCGUUGGGCUGUGGCUGUUGGCCAAGGGCAGGUGCUGGCUCACCCCAGCCCCGUGGCUGUUCGCUGCCCAUCGCCUCCAAGGCUUUGCAAACCACCUGUGGUGGCACAGCGUGUCACGGGUGGGGACACCGCACUGCGGGUGGCAGCUGAGGGCUGAAGCUGUGGCUGUGGUCACAGGCAGCAGUGACGUUCCUGUGCCAGCCACAGCAAGAGCUCCUCCAGAACCUCCUUCCUCUUUUAAAAUAAUAUUUUUCUUUUUUUCCUGCCUAAAAAUGGCCUGAUUUCUCAUUCCUGGGAGUUGCUACUGGGAAGGGGGAGCACCCUUCUGCUUGGUAUUUCACCCUGGGGGAUUUGUCAUAACUUGCCAUGGUCUUGCUGUCACCGGUCACCCUGAUUUCAGUGUUGUGCCUGAGCCUGGGGGCUGCAGGCAGCUGGGCUGUUCCUGGUCUGCCCUGGCCACUGGGGCUCUGCUGGUGGCCCUGGACAGGAGCGGGGGCUGCCAGGAGCACGUUCCUGAGCGGGGCACAGCGGCGCGGGGGCGGCCAGGCACGCGGGGCCUGCGGAGGCAGAGCAGCUGCCGACGGGGCUGCGCUGGUGGCUCAGCGCCCAGCAGCAGUGACAGAGCACGGUGCUGUUAGCACCAGGGCUGAGGGUUCGAUCCCUCUAUAAGCCAUUCACUUUGGAGUCAGACUCCAUGAUCUUUGUGGUCCCUUCCAAUUCCGAGUGUUCUGUGAUGCGAUAAGCAUCACCCUAGCUGUCCCGAGACUCCCAGACAGCAUCAAAGGGGCUGAGCUGGUGGCACUCCCUCUGCCUCUGUUGCUUUGUCCCCCACUGCCGUGGCUGGGUCUGCCGAGUGCUGUCCUGCCUCUCACCGGGGUCUCGGGCCACGCCGGUGGUGUGGUGGUCACCAGCAAGUGGCAGUGUUACCCCACUGCCUGCUGCCCCCACCCAGGCCCCCCUGGCCAAGCCCGCAGAAUCCUCCUUUAUCUGACCACGGUACUUGAAAGAAGCAAGUGCCCUUCUAGGAAGGCAGACCUCCUCCACACCCGGGUAGUAAUAGCUGCUGUGUUUCCUUUCCCUGUUUAAAGAUGUUGGGGCUUGAACACGCCCAGGAUGUGCUCAGAUAAGCAAAGGCAGUUUGAGCUGGACCUGGCACGUUCCCUCACUGCUUGUUUCUUCCACAGUCAAGGUCAUUUCGUUGCUCUCUUCUCCCCAAGACCCACAGCGUUGAACCUUGUGCCGUGUGGGGCCAGGAUUAGUCAGACUCUUGCUUCACUCUCAGACUGUUAGGGAGCAGGCGGGAGUGUUGCUAUAGCACACACAGCCUGGGGCCAGGGAUUUCCUGUUUGAGGCUUUUCUGUGGCAAAGAGAGUGCUGGGUUUAAUCACCUCGCAAAAUCCAAUAAAUAUUUAAUCCCUCUGUGGACAUAGUCACUUCCAGUGGGAAGGGAAAUAACUUCACCCACUGCAUCUGAGUAAGAGCCUCCCUGCAGCUCAGCUUGCUGGCCCUGGCUUUGAAGUUGGAACUGGACUGGACUGGGCAGCUUGUCCUGUGUGUUCCUUUGUCACCAGUGCCACCAGUAUGUGGUCACUUGGAGUGCUCAGAGUGGUGGCAGCCAGGCAGGAUGGCAGAGCCAGCCUGCUCCUGUCACACGGCAGUGUCAGGAGCAAGAAAUGGGCAGGAAGGGCUGUUAAAUUAGAGCUGUGAAUAACAGGGACACGUCACAGGUGUGUGCUGCAAAUCUCUUCACAUGCUGGGCAGCUCCGAUAAUGUGCUGGGGUUUGGCUCUGAGCCAAGCAAAUGGAGUGAGGCUUUAGUUUGUUCUUUUGGGGAUUUUCCUCACUUUUAUAAAGAAAUCAACCCCUUUUCCUUCGUAGCUUUUAAGGCAGACUUAUUUGUCAGUUGUUUGAUGUCUGAGCAAUACUACUUACAGUCAAAACUUCACCCCUGCCUUGAGGGUGCGGUGCCCUGGGGCUGUGCUGUGUAUGGGGAUGGGCCAUGCCAUGCGCAGGGUGGUGUGUGCCAUGCCACAGCUCCUGCCCCACUGCCGCUGCCCCUCGGGUCCUGGCUGUGCCACGGGGUGUGCUGCCUCAGCGCUGCUUGGCAGGGACUGGUUUUACGUGCGUUGGAAUGUUCUGGGUUCCCCCGCAGAGCCUCACACGUGGUGUUGGUGCCUCAGCAGGGCUGGACACUGCACAAGAGCCUUGCAGGACGUGGCUUUCCAGCAGUGAGGCUCCCCCAGCUUCCAGCCAAGUGCUGCACCCCACUCUCACUCUGCUGAUGGCAGGCACCUUCCUUCAGCUGUGGUGACAAAACCAGCUGUGUUUACAAGGGCCAAAAGUUCAACAGGUAGCCUUUAGCCCAGCCUAAGACCUUUUGGCCAGGCUGCCUUGAGCCCAGCCAGAGCCCUCAGGGAACCAUGAGAUCCUUGAAACCGGGGAUAGUGCUGUGACUCGGACAUCAGAACUACGGUGAUCCCUGAGCAGGGAACUGCCUCAGUGGAGAACCAGUGGACUUGAUACUUGACUUUUGCUUUUUAAUAGUAUUUUCAACAUAAUACGUGAAAUGUAAGGGAGAAAAAUUCCUGGAUUUUCCAGGUGCUGGAUCUCAUGCCAGAGCCUCAGGAAGCCAUUUGUGCCAAGCUGGCAUGGCUCACAGAGAGGUGAAAGAAAUGAAAUAACUCUGCAUCUGUGCAAACUUGACCUAGGACUGAACAGUGGAAACACUCCAGUGCAAUGGGGUUAUUUUUUUACAAGUGGUUGGUUUCCACACCAGUCUUGCCUGGAAGUCUGAUUUGCAGAGGAAUUUGUGUGAUAAGUUUAAAACCAGCCCUGUUCUGGGAAGCUCUUAAGCAUAGACUUAAAAUAGGCACAUACUUCACUGUUGUUAAAGUGUUUAUUCUGGUGAACAAUAGGUAAACAUCCCUUGGGUGCUGUUCCUGAAUGGGGGCUCACGAGAGCUGUCCCUCCCCAGAAAUAGGCAAUACUGAAGAAACCUUGGUGUUACUGAUCUAGGCACACUUCUUGGAAGAGUCUGCAAGUACUGAGGGGAGAUACCCUCUUUGUGUUGCAUUAUUUAAUACUUCAGACUCUGGUGCUUUUAAAAAAAAAAAUAACACUACAUUUCUGUAGCCAUGGUUUACCCAAGGGAAUACAUGUUGUUUUUUAUGGUAGAUGUUAUUUUUCUUUAGGGUUAUGAAUAGGUUAUUUAUAUUUUUGUAAUUUCUGUGCCAUUACCGUUGUAAUUCUGCUGUAGCAUUGUUUCUGUUGGGUUUGGGGUGUUGUCUGUGUUUAAAUCAAGCAGAAGCUGAAGCUCCUGCCCCCUGUUAAUGGAAGGGGGUUGGUCCCUCACAUUCCUCCAGACCUGGUGCUCUUGAGUGAUGUGUGUUUGUAGUUCAAUAAAUUUUGGAGCCAGA